GGGGGGGGGUAUCCUAACAUUCUUUAUUAUAGAAACAGGAAUCUCUGUGUUGACAAAAAGUGCAGUGCUUGGCACCAAGGUGCAAACUAACACCUAAGCUGAGGCCACGCCCCUCAGCUGAAUCUCUUUACAAGUGAACAGAAAUCCUAUGGAACCUGAGGCACUAAUUAAGCCCGUGACAGAGGUGGUAUUUUGAGACAGCACAGUACAUUGAUUCUAUCCAGGAGGAGGUACAAAGAGCUGUGUGAGCUUCCAGCUGUCUGCAGAGAACCUACAGUCUGCUGCUUGGAUUAAAUAGCUUCUUGAUGACAACAUUUUUCAGUGGAAAAUGGUCAGUUUUUCUUACACAUCAGCUGUUAGUGUGUUAGAACAGCUGAUCCCAGAACUGAGUGUCCUGUUGAAACUGCUGGACCAUGAAUACCUGAGCACCAUCACGAAAGAGAAGAAGACAGCAGUGAGCAACAUCCUGCACAAACUCCAGCCAUCGUCCGUAAAUGGAACAGAUUACAUAUAUAUGAACACUACAGCUUGUAGGAAUGGGACUAGCUUUGUGGAGUCAUUAUUUGAAGAGAUCGCAGAUUGUAACAUUGGGAAUCUCAAAGACGCUCCAGAGGAGAAGAAAGAGGAAAGUGAGGUAGAAGCCACGGAGACAUCUCAUUCCAAGACAAGCUCAGGCGAUACACCUCCUCCACUGCCCACCACCCCACCUCCUGAGGAUUAUUAUGAGGAGGCAGUGCCCCUGGGUCCGGGCAAAGCUCCAGAGUUUAUAACCUCAAGGAGCAGUUCCAGCCCACCAAACUCAAUAGAAAAUGGAUACUAUGAAGAUGCUGACAACAACUAUCCACUCACCAGGAUUAAUGGGGAACAGAAGAACUCAUACAACGAUUCUGACGCGAUGAGCAGCUCGUACGAGUCCUAUGACGAGGAGGAGGAUGAUGCGAAGGGACAGCAGCUGACACACCAGUGGCCCUCAGAGGAGAACUCCAUGAACCUGGUGAAAGACUGUCGCAUCUGCGCCUUCCUUCUGCGCAAGAAGAGAUUCGGACAGUGGGCCAAGCAGUUCACCGUCAUCCGCGACAACAGGCUCCUGUGUUACAAAAGCUCCAAGGUUCAGAGCCCUUACCUGGACCUGGCCUUGAGCACGUGUAACGUUAUCUACGUUCCUAAAGAUGGGCGGCGGAAGAAGCACGAGCUGCGCUUCUCGUUGCCUGGCGCUGAGGCCCUGGUGAUCGCGGUGCAGAGCAAAGAGCAGGCUGACGAGUGGCUCAAGGUGAUCAGAGAGGUCAGCAGCCAGUGUAAUGGAGUUCAUGGGUUGGAAGGAUCAACCUCACCGAUGAUUCUGCGGAAAAUAGAACUGAACAAGAGAUUAUCUGUGGAUAAACAGACCUCGGACUCUGACAGUGCGGUCACGGGAGACAAUAGCAGCCCGGUGAAUGGGAGGGAAGGCAGGGAUCACGUUAAAGGGAAGAGAAGCGGCCUGGCUGAAUUAAAGGGCUCCAUGAGCAGGGCAGCAGGGAGGAAGAUCACAAGGAUCAUCAGCUUCUCCAAGAAAAAGCCCACGACUGCUGAGGACACCCAGACAUCAUUCACUGACGAGGACGUUCCAUGCUGUGGUUACCUGAAUGUGCUUGUGAACCAGUGCUGGAAGGAGCGCUGGGUCUGUCUGAGAAGGAAUACUCUGUAUUUCCACAAGGACCGGUCAGACCAGCGAACCCACAUCAACACUGUCAUGCUGCAGGGCUGUGAGCUGGCAACCGGACUAGGCCCCAAGCACCCCUUCGCUUUCCGACUGCUGCGCCACGGCCACGAGGUGGCGGUCUUGGAGGCAAGCUGCUCUGAAGACAUGGGCCGGUGGCUGGGACUGCUCUUGGCUGGGACUGGAUCCUCCACAGAUCCGGAGUCUCUGCAUUAUGACUAUGUGGAUGUGGAAGCUAUUGGCAACAUUGUCGAUGCUGUCAGGCAUUCCUUCCUCUGGGCAACCUCUUCUUGUAGCCCUGGAGGAGUGAUUGACUCCAGGACGUAUGAUGAUGUACCCCAUGAGAAAGUCCAGGUGGACGAGCAGAAGCGUCCUGCGGUGACACCAGUAAAACGACACUCAUCCUUCUCCAGUAAAGAGACCCACAAGACAGACUCACAGGUUAAGAUAAAGCGCCACGGCUCAAAUGCCAAUCAGUAUAAGUAUGGGAAGACCCGUGCUGAAGAAGAUGCAAAGAGAUACUUGAGUGAGAAGGAGAAGCUGGAAAAACAGAAGGAAGUGAUCCGGAAUGAACUGGCAGUGCUGCGCAAGGAGAGGAGAGAAGUGAAGGAGGCACUGAAAAACACCACAGGUAAGAAAUCGAAAGCCCUGGAAGAGAAGAUUGCACAGUUGGAAGAGAAGUGUCGAGAGAAGGAAAGCCAGCGAGUGGAUGUGGAGCUCAGACUGACGGCGGUGAAGGAGAACUUGAAGAAGUCAAUAGCGGGGGGAUCUCUCGGGGCAGCCGGGGACAACACAACCGGCUCACAGAGCUCAGGAACAAAAAGUGAGAGCAACUACACAGAGACUUACCUGCCGGUGAAUUGUGCUUCAGAAAUCCGAAAUCGCACCCCAUCCAUCACUGCCUCAGGGAAAGGCAGUGUCAUGAAGAAGGCUAAGGAAUGGGAGAUGAAGAGAGGAACCUAAGUAACUGUGUGUCAUGUGAGCAUGUCAAAACUGACAGGUUUCGCUCAGCAUAGAGAGCAUUUUGAAAUGCAAAUUCAGACUCUAUUCCAGUUUCAUCUUUUGCUAUUUUCAGAAUGCCUUAUUCCAUUUUGUAACAAAAGAAGGGAGACUGUUUAGUAUCUGCCGUGGUGUUUGUCAAUCAGUGGGAUUACUAAGGGCAGGAUAUAUAUUUCAGAUAUUUCAGUUACUCUUGCAUUGAAAUGUAAGCACAGCAGAACUGGGGUCCUGGAUUUCAAAGCUUGAUAAUGUACACUGAGCAAUUCCCCCCAGUGCAAGCUUGGAAAAUAAUUACAUUAAAUGUAAACUUUAAUUGAGAAAAACCAAAUAGAACUUAUUUUGUUAAAUUGAGUAUAUUAUCUCAAACUUGACAUACAUUUUGAAAUGCAGGUCUGUAAUGUAUAAUCUUGACAUUUUGUAUUACAAAUUUAAUUUGCUACUAUCUGUGAAUUUAAGAGUGUAAUUAACAAUAAAAUAGCCUAGAGACAGAGAGAAGAUAGAAACUAGGAAUUAGAUUUUUUCAUCUCUGUGUAUCAAAAUUCACACAGUAUAUGUUUUUAUUUAAUUUUUAUAUAAUUUACUGACCACUUUAGAUCAAAUCCAAGAGAUUUUCUUUUGUUAAAGUUUUUCUUGCUUUGAUAUUUACAUUGAGAAUUGUAUUGUUAUGUAUUUUAUAUUCAGGCAGCAUGUCUUUAAGAUAAGGUUUCUUAAAUAUUAAGAAGAAAAAAGCCAGGCUGCAAAUUUUCCAUUCCAGGUUUUGGCUAAAUGUGAGGAAACGGGAUGUAUAAACUCUCUAAAACGACUAAAAGGUGAAGGAAAGAUUUGUACUGACCUAAUACUAAUAUUGCAGUCGAAUGCUUAAACUAAAGGCAGUUAGGACUUUCAACUGGCUGCCAUCUGCUCUAUCAUAAGAAACCAGUAAGGACACUUCAGAAAACUGAAACAUGGGUAUUUUUGGAAUUAUUUUAAAGAAAUACUCUCCAGACCUGCCAAGGUAUACAGAUAGGUUCCUAGUCACAUGAAGGAACUAAACAGAGUAAAUUAAUUAACACAAAAGUGAAUUGAUAAAUUGUGUUUCACUGCUGGGGCCGUUUCAUGUAUGAUCCAUUUCCAUUUUGAGUGCUUCAAAGUGUAUAAAUCUGGUAGAGAAGCUGUGAGCUUGAAGUCUCUGUUAACAGAAGUUCUUCUUACCCGGACUGUUUCAGCUUUUCUACAUUUAAAUGGUUUCUCUGUUUCAGCAAGUUCUGCUUGUUCAAAAUGUAUGCACUUUAAAAGACGUUUUCAGUAACUAGAGGUGGUGAUGGACCACCCAGCCUCCCUGCAUUGAUUCCUCUUGGAAACUGUUUACAAAUGUGAAAAUAAAAGCAGCAUUAUCUUUCCCUAA